CAAUGAAAUAAGCUAUUGACUGUGCAUAAAUUAUUACGCAAUAAGUAGUUCUUCCUUCGUUACGGCCGCCAUAUUGGUUACCUAUUAGAUCGUAGAGGAAGAGAUACAAAAUCCUAAAACAUCUUCAAAUAUUUCUAGGCGAGGGGGUCAAUAUUACAAUAAUUUUGUGGGCAAGGGUCUUUUAGAAUGGCCGAUACUGAUAAAUUAAAUAUAGACAGUAUUAUAGCUCGACUUCUCGAGGGUAAGUUGAUUGCUCUUAGUUAACUGUUUUUGUUGACAUUUUGCGCCCAGUUUACUAAGAAAAUGUCAGAUAACCUGUACUGUAUCCUCCUUAGGAAAAAAAAGUACUUGCUUUUAAAACAAAUUUAAAGAGGAUACAAUGUUUUGCUUUGUUAAUAAUACACAAUAUCAGAAUUUGUUUUAAGUUAAGUUAUCUUUUUGUUUGAUUUGGCUUAUUUAUUAUGAUUAUGGAAUCGGGAUUCUGAAUUUAACUUGAGAUCUGAGAUGGCUCAGUUGGAAAGGUUGAAAUUUUCUAAUUAUAAAUGCACACUUGAGGCUUUGGCUUCCUUGGCCUUUUGCAGCUUUAACCAUAGGACCUUAAGACCAUAGACCGUUUAUUUGACACUACUACUAUUAUAGACCUACUUAUCAAGAAUAAGACAUAACUGAAACUCAUACUGUCAUAGUCAUAUGAAUAGUUGGUAAUUUGGACUUACUUCUUUCUGUCUCCCAUCCCUAGAACAUUAUUUUGUGUCCUAUUUUUAUAUUGAAAGAGGCGGGGGGGGGGGGGGGGGGGGGGACUUUUUGAGACUUUUUCAAUGGUGUUCUCGUCAUCUGGGUUUAUCUAAGACUAAGAUGUGUCUCAUUCUUUCAUUUAUUAUAAGUUGAAUUUUAACAAAUCUGAAUGAAAAUUUUCAUUUUAAUAUAUAAUUCAUAUUAUUAACGGUAUUGAUUGUAAGAUUUAGUUUUUAUGAUGCGAGUAAUGCUCAUGAAGAGCAGGAAAGUUGUCAUGCACAUCGUGAUAUGGUCCAAUGAAUUGGUCUAUUUCCUCAAAGUAAGUCCAGAAUUAAAAUUUCAAAUAAAUAUUCCGAACCGCAAGGGUGGUGUUUACUGAGACAAAUACUUAGAAAAAAAGGUUUAUAUUUGGCCGGAGUGAACGUCUAAUGCAUGCAAUUUUGGUCAUCCUUGCAAACAAAGGACGAAUAAAAAAAAUAUUAAUACAUUCUCAAAGCUAAUAAAUACCUCCUCAUUAUCCUAGGCUAUCUUUUGGCUUUCCUGUUUAAGUUAAUCUUAUAUAAGGCCUUUCUGUUAUUUGGUUUGUAUUAAGGCCAUAUUAAAACUUUUCCCUUCAUCUUCAGUUCGGGGCUCUAGACCUGGAAAGAAUGUGCAGCUGACAGAGUCAGAAAUUAGAGGCCUCUGCCUUAAAUCUCGUGAAAUUUUCCUAAGUCAACCCAUUUUACUAGAGCUUGAAGCUCCUUUAAAAAUCUGUGGUAAGCUGUGAAUUUAAAUAUGCACAUUUUUGUCAUUGUAAUUGUCUUUUAAGUCUUGGUUUACCUUCCACCUUUAUUAGAAUAUUGUUUUCUUUCUUUAGCUUAACAUUGUUAAGGCAAAUUAAAAAUGAAACUGUUUGGCCCUAUUGAUUUAUAUAUUAUUAAUUAUUAAAUAAUUCAUUAUUAAUAGAUGGAUACCAUAUUUAGAUUCCUCUGUUAAGUUUUAUAAACAUUUAACCAAGCCUACAUGUUUUUUUACUUUAUGUUUAGGUGACAUUCAUGGUCAGUAUUAUGACCUGCUACGUCUCUUUGAAUAUGGUGGUUUUCCACCAGAGUCAAACUAUUUGUUUCUUGGUGAUUAUGUGGACAGAGGCAAGCAGUCAUUGGAAACAAUUUGCCUUUUGUUAGCUUACAAGAUCAAGUAUCCAGAAAACUUUUUCCUUUUGCGUGGCAACCAUGAGUGUGCUAGUAUCAAUAGGAUUUAUGGAUUCUAUGAUGAAUGUAAGUUUGAUUUAAAUUAUCGUAAGUAGGCUUGGCAGCUCAACUAUAGUGCAUGUUAUUAUAUUUAUGGGGCAGUUGAUCUUUGGAUGUCAAUCUUUAUUGUUGUAUGGCAGUUAUCUUGUGAUCUUUAAUGCCCAUAAUUUGUAUCACACAUGCAUACAUACAUAAACUACUAAGUAGUAACUGUAAAUCUAACUACUAACACACCUUUCAGUAUCUUGCACAUUACCAGGUUAUUUAUUCAGUAAAUUUAAAUUUAUUUAAAACUUGUGGAAAAGGUGUAUUAAUUAAUGCUGUCAUCAUACUGAGCCAUAAGUUGGAUCAGAGUCUUGAAGGCGAAAGCAGGGACAAGCUUCCUUCAUAAGCAUUUACAAUUUUGGCUUAAAUUUUCUUUAAAAAUUGGGGUUUUUGGGUGUGAGACUUACCAGUCAAAUUUCUUGCUAUUUUAUAUAUAUUGUAUCCCUUAAUCGUUUCAGGCAAACGACGCUACAAUAUAAAAUUGUGGAAAACCUUUACAGACUGUUUUAAUUGCUUGCCCAUUGCUGCCAUUAUCGACGAAAAGAUUUUCUGCUGCCAUGGAGGUAAAAGUUUACAGUGUUUAAUACACUCGUGUAUUUUUUGGUCAAUAUUUUAAGAUGUAUUUAUUAAAGAUCACAAAGUUUAUGAAAAUUACUUUUCAGUUUUCAAAUUGUUAUGGAAACGUUUUAACAAUGUUUUUUUUUUUUUUUUAAUUUGCGUCUCACAUUAUGAAUUACCUCAUGAGUUGGAUACUGGUAUCUUAACUAAUCUGCAGUUUCACUUUAUAGGACAUGGGAAUGUGAAAUUUAAUCCUAUUUUCUGGCGUCCCUGCUCUUACAAUUUCUUUAAUCAGCUAAAAUUUAUCGUAUGAAUUGUUUUUUGUUUUUUUUUAAAGAGGGGGGUUGUUUCUUUGAACCUUUUACUCAUGUAAUUCUGCGAGACAGUCAUGUUUAUCUUUUCUCUGGAAAGGUCAGACAACAUGCUUUAAUUAAUUUCUAGUUACUUAAUUUUAGAGAUGUGGAACAAAUGUUUGUUAAUAUAAGUUUGAGCCUUUUUGAGAAUUUUCAAUUGCUAGUAUAUUUUACGUGAUUAAGGAACUCCUUAAUUAUAUUGUUAGAUUAUGUUUAAUAAAUUGUUAUUAAAAUUGUACUCUUUGUUGGAAUAUAGGUUUGAGUCCGGACUUACAGUCCAUGGAACAGAUUCGACGAAUAAUGAGACCCACAGAUGUACCAGAUCAGGGCUUGCUCUGUGAUUUGUUAUGGUCAGACCCUGACAAAGAAACAAUGGGCUGGGGAGAAAAUGAUAGAGGUGUUUCUUUCACUUUUGGAGCUGAGGUUGUAGCCAAGUUUUUGCAUAAACAUGACUUGGAUCUCAUAUGUCGUGCCCAUCAGGUUUGUGAUGUUAAAGUUAAUGUUAGUCUUUUUUUAAGGUGACCAACAAAAUUAAAUAGCUUUUCUUAACUCCAAACUCCAGUAAUUUGUCCAUCUGCAAUCGAGAACACAUUCAAGUUAUUAUUUACAACUAGUGAUAGCAGUUCUAAAAUUAUGAACUGUCGUCAUGUAUUUUAUUAUUGCCCUACUUUUUAUUAUGGUUUUUGUUCACGCUCAAUCGCAUAUUAUACAUUACUUUUAAGUUAUGGCCAUAUUUAUUGAUUUAACAGCUCAGUGAGAUUGGGCUUCUUCAAGAUUUAUUAUAAUUGAUUCUUCUUUGUAAAAUCAUCUUUUUCUUUCUUAGGUGGUUGAAGAUGGCUAUGAGUUUUUUGCGAAGAGACAGCUGGUCACAUUGUUUUCUGCACCAAAUUACUGUGGGGAAUUUGAUAAUGCUGGGGCAAUGAUGAGUGUAGAUGAAACACUGAUGUGUUCUUUCCAGGUAUGCAUGAAAUUUUAUACUGUAAACGCUGUGGUAACAAUUAGUUAUCCCGAAAUAUAUCUUAGUAUUUCGCGCAAUGAUAAUUUUUUAUAAAUUUUCACAUCUCUAUUUGACUAAUCCAACCGCCCAUAUCUGUUCUUUGGAAUGACAAAUGAUCUUAAAAUAGCUGCACUGAUCUAGCAAUUAAAUCAAGUUACUACUUACAGCAGACCUGUUUACUCUUAUGAUUUUGGCGUACAAAGUACAAUUUUGAGGUGUAUACAUUAUAUAUGCUGUAUGUUUAUUUCUUUACUAUUAAGAUAAUGUAUUGUACGAUUUUAAGAGUUUGAGGGUAAACAGGUCUGCUUACAGUGAAAAUUUCUUGGCACCGCAUUAUGACUUUCAAAGGCUUAGACUUAUUCAAACUAAUCAAGAAGGUGGAACAUAUUUAAUCUUUCAAAUACAAUAUUUUGUUUCUUUAUUGUUUUAUGUUUAUGUGCUUUCAUUAAGGUCUUAAUUCAUUUUUUUUUUUUAAUUAACCCAGAUACUAAAGCCUGCAGACAAGAAAAAGUUUCCAUAUGGAGGAUUAAAUGCCGGUCGACCAGUAACACCACCACGUGGGAACCAGAAAGCCAAAGGCAAAAUGUAAUAUUUGAAAUGUAUCGACAACUCAGACAUUUACCACUCAUUUACACAAAGAAAGACUAUAAAGAUUGUAUUUUACCUUGAUUUAUCAAAUUAAUUCGAUCUGAUUUGGUCGUGACUUGGUAAUGACUCAAAAUUCCUCCAUGGACAAAGCUUCUUUGGGAUAACAGGACACCUGGUCAUGGAGAAAUGAUUCCGUUGUAUUGGAAAAAGGUGUUUUCAUUUGGCAAUAGCACAUCUAUAGCAUUUUUAAUUCAAUGAAUUUUACUCAAAAUAGGCCAACAUUUAAUUAAUUUUGUAUAAAGUGCUUUGUAAAAAGAAGAAGGAAAUUGAUUAUACUAUGAAUAAAUAUAUUUGUUGCCAUUUAACAAGAUAAUAUUUGACAUGUUUCGAAAUGCUCUUUAUCAAGACUAUGUCCCAAUAUGGCGGCCCCAAUUUAUAUAAUCGGCAAUGGCAGCAAUUGCUCUCACACUUUAACAUACCUGUACUUAUUUUAUUUUGGAACAGUUUGAAGUUGAGUUAGUGAACAUCAUUGGGCAAAUGCUCUAUUAUUGAUUGUCUACUGUCAUGAUCUUGAUUACUGACCAUUUCCUAACAUGUGUUUAACUGUUUUUGUUUAAAGGGGAUAUCUUACAUUCAUUAGUGUUUUUUUUUUUUAAAGUCUAACAUUAUCCGCAUCAUUGUAAAAUAAUGCCUUGUAUAUAUAUUACCUCAAUGUUGAAACAAAGUUUUUUAUUACUAUAUUUUUUUUCUUUCACCCCACUCUAUUACCCCUCGCCUUUUUGCACCAAGCAACAAAAUGACAAUGUGGGGCAUAAAGGAAAAAAGUUUUUUGUUUUUUUGUCUGUUCUCAUGUAAUAAUGAAUUUUUUCCAGUUUUUAAGGAAAUAUAGAUACUAGUAAAUAUCAUUGGUAUACCCUUUAUGUCGGAUGUGAUAGAGCAAUGGCAGAUGUAAGGCCAAGAUUAUCUAGUUGACAUAAAACCACCUUUCCCUUUUACAUAACACUUUUCAUGUUACUUCAUCAUUCAGUUGGAUCAUUGCAAAUUUUUUCUUCUUUAAUUAAGUUUCUUUAAUGGGAACUGAGUCUUUGCAAGCGUUUGCUAAGCUAAUGUUUUAUAAUGUGUGUCCUGUUCUGUUUUGAAGGUAUGUCAGUUUAAAAGGCAACAUUUUGGGUAAUUUGACAAAGUGAAGUGCAUUCUAAGUUGUUAUUUUUGGGCAUCACAAGAAACAGACUAAGCAGGGGUUUAAAUUUGGCAAUAUGCUCAUUAUGUAAAUUCUUCUUCAGGAAAAGGGUUUGUGAAUGUGUAGAAUUUGUUAUUUUAGAUACCAAUUUUCUGUAUUUCUGUCGGGCUAUUCUAAAUAAAAGUGCAUCUGGACACAUGCUUUGUACAGCCACAAUGGUUUGAAAAAUCUUCAUUUUUGUCUGUCAUUGUUUCAUUCAUAAAAGAAAUUCUUAGCUAAUAAUUGUAAUGUGCAUUUGAUUUGAAUUUAAGUAUCUUUAGAACAAAAAAAUUAAAAGCAAACAUGGUACUUGUGAAUACUUAAAUGGUGAAACUGAUUUCUUGUGUUUUGUGAUUAUUUUUUUUAUAUUUGAUUCAUGUUCAUUGAUUCAUUAGCUCUACAAACCCUUUAGUCUCUCUCUUUUUUUCUUUUUUUUUCUACUUUCAAAUGACAAUUUUAGGAAAUAUCAAACCAACUUGAAUUGAAAUUAGGUAGGAAUUAAUAAACAACAUGUCAGCUAUUAAGCUGUUUGCAAUUUUGUUUCAUAUCUCAUACAUAUUUAUUGGGAGUUUUUAAAUCCUUAAGUUUCAACAACAAACUUUAAGCCAUAGCAUUUACAGUUCAUUAAUGGUUGAUUAUAAAUGUUAAUGAAUUUGAGCAGUGUUCAAAACAACAGGUGAUACAAAUUUUCCCCACAGCUCUAUAUCAAUUUACGAUCUUGGAUUAAUAUUAUCAUUUGGCUGGGACUAAUCAUGACAAUUACUUUCAUGAACUAUCUUUACACAAGCACCAAUAUUUCAGAUGUCUGUGUAAUGACCAUAGUUUUGACUAGAAUUGUAUUUAUUGAACCAGAUUCCGUUUAUUUUGUAGUCUUAGAUAUUUUCAUUAAUGAAUUCACGUUGCUUUAGAAAUAUUGCCAACCAACUUGGUAGUGGCUGUAUAGAUUUUUUUUUUAUAUAUAUCUAUUCCUGAUGUUUUGACUAAUAAUAAUGUCUAAUCAAAAUUGAUAGCUUCCACAUUUAUUAAAAAGUCCACCUGGUUAUAAAAUAAAUGUGAAGUACUUUUAAAAAAAAUGUGUCAUUUUAUUUAUGUGAGCUGGUGCAUUAAACCUCAUCCAUAUCACUAUCACAACAAAUAAGUGAAACGACAGCCAUUACAAAAGACUGUACAUGAAUAUAUUUUAUUGCAUUUUGUUGAUCAACAUGUCUGUGUAGUGAAUUUGUAAGUGUAAGUCAAAGAGCUAAUGAAAUGGAAGCAGCACCUCUGUGGCAUAUGG